GGGACUCGUCUGCUCCCGAGGGCUCUGCAAGGAGCUGCAGUAAACCAGCGACGUCGCCGACUGUUCCCAUCGCCAUGGACACCAUGCAGCUGCUGAUCCUCACCAUGCUGGGUGCCGGGGCAGCAGUAAGAAAAAUACAUGUCAUUGGGGCAAAGCCCUGCAUCCCCGGCUCCCGGCCCUUCCAAGCAGCUCUCAUGAAGCACGGACAAAUCCACUGCGGCGGGAGCCUGAUCGACAGGAAGUGGGUGUUGACUGCCGCGCACUGCAGCCGCAGGUCAGUGCGGGUGCAUCUGGGGGAUUAUAAUCUGAAGACGAACGAAGGCACAGAACAGAUUCGAGGAGUUAAAAAUAUCAUCGUGCACCCAGGGUAUAAUAGCCGCCUUCAGGACAAAGACUUCAUGCUCCUGGAGUUGGAUGAACCGGCUGAACUCAAUAGCAACGUGAAAACAAUCGGCCUGGCGACCCAGUGUCCUGCGCCUGGAACAAAGUGCACCGUGUCAGGAUGGGGCACAGUCACGACCCCCAAAAAGAUCUUCCCCAAGAAAUUACAGUGCGCAGAGAUCUACAGCAUCAGCCAGGACAGCUGCAAGGAGCGUUACAGGGGCUUGAUCACAGAGAACAUGCUCUGCGCCGGCGUGGAACAGGGCGGGAGAAGCUCAUGCCAGGGUGAUUCCGGAGGCCCACUGGUCUGCGAGGGGAUGCUGCAGGGCGUGGUCUCCUGGGGAACAGCCGUCUGUGCCCAGCGGGGAUAUCCUGGGGUCUACGCCAAUGUCUGCAAAGCCGUCCAGUGGGUGAGGGACACCAUAAGGGACAGGCCCACCUAAUGGGACUGAGGACUCACAGCACAGCACGCCUGCCACAGUAACCCACCAGGCCCCUCCCCACGCCCCCGCCAUGCCUCUCCUCACCUCAUCACAGCACCCGGGGGAGAUCGAGUGGAGUGUGGAGAGAUUGCUCGGGCAGCACUGCGCUGGGGGUAUUGCAGAGUGGCCAAUCCAAAGCAGCCAGCAGUUACAACACAGACCUGACACAAUCCAGCAACUGAAUGAAAAAUGUGCAAGUGGCAUAAAAAGCCCAAAUCAGCCUGGAGAUUGUGAGAUUGGUUUAGAAAACAAGAGAUCAGCUUGAAAUUCUCUCAACUGGUUUCCCAAAACCAUAAAAGCCCUGAAUCAGCCUGGAGUGAACAGGAGCAGUUCAGAAAUCCAAAGGCCGACUUUAAAAAUCAAAAGAUUUGCUUUAGAAUCUCGGGAUUGGCUGGACAACCACAAAACCUCUGUACUCACCACAACUGUGAGGUGGGUUUCCAGAUGAAGAGAGUGGAUUAAACGUUUGGUCCUGGUGUACACUAGGACCUUAUUUUGAAAUAACUGUCCCCAUGGUCGAAUUCCUAAGUGCUGUGCCCACACUAAGACCCCUGUUAUUUUGAAAUAACUGGCUGCGGAAUUCAAACUCAGUACUUCUGGUUUUCAUCAAGACUAACAGUAACUUGGAAAUAGUAAUUUCGAAAUAACGGUACUGUGGAUGCGCCGGUGCCACUGAUUCAAACGCAUUGGCCUCCAGGAGUACUCCCGCAGCUCCCCAGAGGGUUUCUUGGGAGUUAAGUCUGAGGCAGCCCGUCCCCAUUAAAGCAGCCUGCCUCGGACUCAUUUCGAUGCUUCCCCGUGGUGAGGAGACGCGAGUUGGAAUUUGUUAAAUCAGAAGCUCCUUACGUCGAAUUUCAAAUUUCAAAAUAGUUUCCGGUCUCAAAGACGGGUUUUAAAAUGCCAUGAGUAGCACACAGAUCUCUUGCAUUGGUGUGGGUGGGGGAAGUGGCUAUACCAGCUCUGAAGUCCUAAAGUCUGAAAUCUCACGGAAGCUUUAUUGUGCGACCGAAGCAGAGCUACAGCGACCGAGCUGCGGAGCCGAUAGUAUAAAUAAGGAGUUGGGGUUGGUCUUGCCUAGGGCAGGGGGCUGGACUUGAUGACUCCUGAGGUCUCUUCCAGCUCUAUGGUUCUAUGAUUCUAUGAAAACCAUCACACUCUAGUCCUGGGGUUCGGAGAAAGAAAACCGAAAUUGAGCCACAGAGCAUCAAAAACCAGCGAAUAAACAAGCCCCAAAAGCUUUCAUUUGUUUUUUAAUCUUGUGACAUUGAAAGCCAAUCUCACAAUUUUCAGGGGGCUCCUACUUGCCUUCUUUGAAAUUGUGCAUCAGAGAGUCUGUCUACGCUGCAGAGUUUUUCUGGAAAAACAACACUUGACGUCCAGAUUGCGAGUGAAUUCUUUUGACAGAAAGUUGAAAGAACGGAGGGUUUUUUCCAACGGUGGUUAACCUCAGUCUAUGAGCUUUUUCGGGAAAAGGCGCGUGUGGAUGCGGAAGAGAGCAUUUUUUUAGAAAGAAUAGGCCACCAGGAAAAAGCACCGGUGCCCUGGUCGCCCCUCUGUCCACAGUCAUCACAACUGAAAUACGAGAGCAUCCUAUCCCAUUCAUGCUUAAAUUUGACACUUUACGAAUGGGCCUUAACAAAGAUGCUAAUUACUUUACCCAUUACAAA